AUGGAUGUCGAGAUGAAGGUCGAGGACAGCGAUUUGAGCACCUUUGUCUCACAACUCAACAAGGAACAACAACCAGACUUCAUAAUCUCAGUCGACGAGUACAGCUGGAAAGUCCAUGGCCGGCGUCUUUCGAAAUCGUCCAAAUUCUUCGAAAAGCUCUGUGAUGUUGAAUCCCACGACACGGCUAACCGCACAAUCAUGCUUCAUGAUGAUGAUCCCCUCCUCAUCGCCUACUUGAUCCGAUGGUUCUACAAGGGCGAGUAUUAUGAUCCUGAUGAUGACGGACAAGAGGACGAUGACGAUGAUGAGCCCGCGAAGCUCAGCAUACGUAAGAUCAUGGCUUCUGGUCGGAAUGUGUCGGCAGGUGGAGAUCACUUAUCUGUGCCCGAGCAAAGGGCUUUGCAUGCAAUGAUGUACAUGGUCGCAGACAAGUACGGGAUCGGCGAGCUGAAGGGGUUGGCGGUAACCGAGAUCGAGACGCAGCUGAGUUGGGUCAAGGAUUCCUUUCUGCCCACACUCGAGCACUUACUUGCUCCUCCCAAUCCUACAACGGUCUCAGCCUCGUCCUCGACCUUGUUGUCGACCUCGAACAGUACUACCCUUGGAUCAAACAGUAGGACGGCGACUCCGGCGACAUCUUCGAGUACAACUGAAAGUCCAGCCAUCACUCCCGGUGCAGCGCCCAAUGAAGAGACAACUCCAGCUACAAAUCCAAGUGCAGCUACAGAUGCAGAGGCCAUUUCACUUACAAGGAAGCAGAACGGAAAUGCAGACGCAAGUGCAGGUCCAAGCACCCAUACGGCCCCCGCUCCCACUGCAGGUACUGGUGUGAAUAGCAAGCCGGCCCACAGAACCAUCAACCCAGACUCCGACCCUGCCUUAUGGACUGUUCUCGUCAAAACUACCGGCGACAGUCUUCUUGAGUACGGCGACAUCGAGAGAUUCAGCAAGAUCAUGCUUGGAAAUGCCUUGUUCCAGUGGGCUGUUCUGCGGCAAGUCGCAAAUAGACUGGCGGAGAUGAGUGAGGAAUGCAAGAAAUUGACCGACACUGUAGACGCCACUCAGCCGAAGAAGAGAAGAAAGACUGCGGUCAAGAAGGCCGGGACUGCGGAGCCAGACGAGGGCAAGCAGGUGGCGGAGACCAAAGAAACGGAGAAGACACCUGUGAAAGUAAAGACAUCUGCUGCCAAAGCGAAAGGAAGGAAACAGUCUGGUUCAUGA